AUGGCUCUCUGGCCAAUAAAAUUUGAUGAUUUUUUCAAAAUAUCAACAAUAUCAAUGCGUUUCAAUGGCUCUCAUCCAUUUGUUACAGUACGAAAUAAACUUUGGUUGUUUAAAAUAUACGUUUCCCGUAUCCUUGGGUCGAUUUGUUUUCUAUUUCUCGUAAAUUCAAUUAUUUCUCAUGAUGUCAAAAACGGAAAGUUUACCGAAGCUGUCAAGAAUGGUACGAUGGCAAUAGUAGCUGUAACUGUUACCUUCAAACAUAGUAUACUUGUACAUCGUCGAGCAUCAAUUAAAGAACUCAUUAACUUCAUAAGCAAAGAUUAUCAAGUGGCGGAAGAUUUUGGUAACGAAGGAAAAGAAAUCGUAUUAAAAUACGCAAAGAAGGGAAUACAAAUUUGCCGCUUCUGGUUAAUUGCAGGAGGUCUUACGUGUUUUAUAUUUCCCAUAGAGGCUUUCGUUUUGAUGAGCUAUCAUUGUGUGAAGAAGGAAUGCCAGUUGAUCCCAAUGUUUGAUUUAACGUAUCCAAAAGGCAUCGAUGAGUACAAAGAUAUAUUUAUUGUUUAUUGCGCCACCUUUUUACUCUGCUUUUCUUUUGCAUUAUAUUCAACAUCUGUUUAUAUCGGCUUCGAUCCUCUUGUUCCGAUUUUCAUGCUACAUACUUGCGGUCAAUUAGAUUUGAUUAGUACAAAACUACGUAAGGCCCUACGAGAGGCAUCAAAUGUACAAGAAAGAAAGGAAAAUUUAAAACGCAUAAAUAUUAGACUUACUGAAAUUUACAGAUUUGUGAAAAAAGCACAAAAUAUUUUCGUUAUACUUUACGAAUUUAAUUUGAAAACGACGACUUUUCUUAUACCAUUUUCUGGUUAUCAAAUAGUAGAGGCGUUACGCCAUAAAGAAAUUCCACUGGAUUUCACUUUUUUUUUCAUAGCCUCGAUGUUACACCUUUACUCACCGUGUUAUUACAGUGACCUUUUGAUGGAGAAGAGCGAAUCAUUACGUCAAGCUAUAUACGCCUGCGGGUGGGAACUGUAUCCAGAUGUAGAGAUUCGAAAGACCAUUCUCCUCAUGUUGACGAGGACGUCGACGCCGCUCGUCAUCAAGACUGUGUUCUACCCAAUAUGUCUUAACACGUUUGCCGAGAUGUGCCGUCAAGCGUAUGCAAUUUAUAAUAUAAUGAAUGCAGCAUGGUGA